AUGGCUCUCCAAUCAAACGUUCGAUGCAAUGGGUUCUGGUACGAGGAGCAAGUGACAGAGGAGCUUCUGCUCAAGAUGUCCUUGACAAAGAUCAACUUCGACGCUGUCUCUCCCUUCCAGAGGGUUCAGAUCGUCUCCACCGUGCCCUUUGGUAAGACCCUUGUCCUCGACGACCACACGCAGAGCUCGCAGACGGACGAGCACAUCUACCAUGAGUCGCUCGUGCACCCUGCGAUCCUCGCGCAUGGCAGCCCGAAGACGGUGUUCAUCGGGGGAGGAGGAGAGGGAGCGACGGCCCGGGAGGUUCUGCGCUUCAAGUCGGUCGAGCGGGUCGUGAUGUGCGACUUGGACGAGAUCGCCUGUAAGAUGUGUAGGGAGCAUCUUCCCGAGUGGAACAAGGGCGUGUACGAGGACAAGAGGUUUGAGAUCCACUACAAGGACGCCAUGGCCUUCCUGCAGGAGUGGGACGGGCCCAAGUUCGACGUGAUCAUUAUGGACAUCUCGGACCCCAUCGAGUGCGGGCCAGGGAUCGGGCUCUACUUCAAAGAGUUCUAUGAAGAUAUCGCAAGGUAA